UUCAUAUUUUGGAUGCUGCAGGCCGGGUGAGCAGAGGUCCCAGGCUCUGGCCAGGGCAGCCGCCCUGCCUCCGAGCGCUACCAUGAAUCACUUCCAGACCAUCCUGACUCAGGUCCGGAUGCUGCUCUCCAGUCAUCGGCCGAGUCAGGUGCAGGCACUCCUGGACAACCUGCUGGCAGAGGAGCUUCUCUCCAGGGAGUACCACUAUGCCCUGCUCCAGGAGCCCGAUGGUGAGGCUCUGGCCCGGAAGAUCUCCUUGACCCUGAUGGAGAAAGGAGACCCAGAGCUGGCCCUCUUGGGAUGGGUCUGGAGUGGGCUGCCGACCUCAGCAGCUGAGAAGGACCCUGGCUACAAGGACCUUGGUGGCAGUGGACAGUGUGCCACCAUGGAGUUGGGACCUAUAGAAGGCGGGUACCUGGAGCUUCUCAACAGCAAUGCCGACCCUUUGCAACUCUACCACCUCUGUGACCGGAUGGAUGUGGCUGGAGAAGAAGAGACAGAGCUCUACUCAGAACCCGAUACGGACACCAUCAACUGCGAACAGUUCAGCAGGCUGUUGUGUGCCAUGGAAGGUGAUGAAGAGACCAAGGAGGCUUAUGCCAAUAUCGCGGAACUGGACCAGUACGUCUUCCAGGAUUCCCAGCUGGAGGGCCUGAGCAAAGACAUUUUCAUCGAGCACAUAGGACUGGAAGAAAUGAUCGGUGAGAGUGUGGAGGUGCUGGAGGAAGCAGGACAGAAAAGUCAGAAAAGACCCUUCCCAGAGGAGCUGCCUGCGGAUCUGAAGCACAGGAAGCUAGCCGAGCCCCUCACCAUGCCCAUGGUGACUGACACUUUCCUGGUGGGGCCAGUGAGUGACUCCUUGGCUCAGCCCUGCCCGGCACCACCUGCUCUGUUCAACAAGGAAUCAGCAUCCAGCCAGACCCGGCUGGAAGACACUGUCCUGAUGCCCGGGCCCCCUUCCAGUUCAUUGUUGAGCUGCUUCAGUCUCCCUGCUGGAUCCAUCCAGAUCAUCCCCACUGUUUCCACUCUGCCCCAAGGGCUCUGGCAGAUCUCAGGGGCCGGGGCAGGGCUUUCCAGUAUAGUCAUCUACCGAGGUGAGAUGCCCCAGGCCAGCCAAACACCUACUUCAAGUGGCCCACCUGUCCACAACUUCCCGAAGUCCCCAGACCGACCUGGCUCUACCAGCCCCUUCGCCCCAUCUGCAGCUGACCUUCCUAGCAUGCCCGAACCAGCCCUGACCUCCCGUGCAAACCUGACAGAGGAUGAAACAUCCCCCACCCAGAGUCCGGCAGCUCUCAAGCCCUCCAGCCAGCUUCCCAGAUGGCCUGCCCAGUCAUCGUGCCUGGGUCUGAGGCCCUUCCUCCACAGGGCCACCUUGAGUGACACGGUGGGGCUAUGGGAGUCCCUGCAGCAGCGUGGGGAAGCCAAGCUACUCCGGGCAGUGGAGGAGAAGUUCACCAUCGAGCCUUUCAAGGCCACGUCCAUGAAGGAUGUGGAAGACCUGGGCAACCUCGUGCAGAUCCAGAGGACGAGAAGUUCCUCUGAAGACACAGCUGGGGAACUCCCUGCUGUCCGGGACCUAAAGAAGCUGGAGUUUGCGCUGGGUUCUGCCUUGGGCCCCCAGGCUUUCUCCAAACUGGUGAGGAUCCUUGAGGCCUUUUCCUCCCUUCAGCAUCUGGACCUGGACUCCCUGAGUGAGAACAAGAUUGGAGAUGAGGGGGUCGCCCAGCUCUCAGCCACCUUCCCUCAGCUGAAGGCCCUGGAGACGCUCAACUUGUCCCAGAACAACAUCACCGACGUGGGCGCCUGCAAGCUGGCCAAGGCCCUGCCCUCACUGGCUGCAUCCCUCGUCAGGCUGAGCUUGUACAAUAACUACAUCUGCGACGCGGGAGCCGAGAGCCUGGCGCACGUGCUUCCGGACAUGGUGUCCCUCCGGGUGCUGGAUGUCCAGUACAACAAGUUCACAGCUGCUGGGGCCCAGCAGCUCACCGCCAGCCUGAGAAAGUGCCCUCAAGUGGAGACGCUGGCGAUGUGGACACCCACUAUCCCAUUUGGAGUCCAGGAACACCUGCAGCAGUUGGACUCACGGAUCAUCCUGAGAUGAUCUGGGCUGUGCCUGGGACAAGCAUGUUCUCUAAGGACACAGACCACGCUGGACCCUGACCUGGCUGUUUGUGGACACAGCUCUUUUGGGGCCAUGUCCCAGGAGUCUCAGUGCCCUGGCACCCAGCCCUGGUGGCUCAGGGUUGGCCCCUGCCCAGCUGCAGAAAGGACCCACGUCCGGCUCUGUGGACAGACCCAGGCCUGGCCCCAGGCUCCUCGGGGCCCAGGUUGAUGUCAGCCCUGCCAGACGGCUGUGGUCCUGCCAGACGGGUGGGCGUCUGUCUGUUGGCAGCUGCUGUCCAGCCGGGAGCCCUGAGGCCUUCCCUGCAGGACACCGCAGGCAGCCGUGGCCAGGCCAGAGCAAAGGAUGAGGUGGCUGCAUCUCCGCCUGCCCGGGUCCUGCCGGCCGGGGGAGAAAGCACUUCUCCACGCUGCUCCCCUCCCAGGGCACACCCGGCACUCUGAUGGUACCAGCAGGCAAGCCCGCACUGCUGAUUUCCCAAACCAUGACAGCUGGGAUUCCAUGGCGCUGCCUUCUGUCUCUGGCACUCGCUGGUUUGCACUCACUUUGUUUGCCGAGGCCAAAGCUAGUCCUGGCCAGACAUGCGGACUUGAGCAGGAGAAGAGCUGACGAUACACUAAUGGAGAAGGGGAGGGGUGAUGGACUGGAGCCACAUCCACCUUUUUGCCUUCAUUUCCUGUCUUUUUUCACUACACUAUAAAUGGCUCAUUCAAUCUCACAGACAGGUCCAGUGUUUGAGUUUAUACCAUGAUUUGCAUUUUGGGUGCCCACUGUUCUGGCUACCUAGAGCCUCACAAACCACCCCAAAAUGUGAUGGCUCGAAACAGCAUAUUUAUUUUGCUCACACAGCUGUCUUUGCGUCAGGGCUUGGUGGGGACAGCUCGUCUCUGCCCCACUCAGUGUCAGCUGGGGUCAUCCGGAGGGCUCAGUCACAUAUGUCCAGACCCUGAUGCUGGCCGGUGGCUGGGGGCCUCGGUUCCCCCAAGGAAGUGUCAGAGGGGACUUCUCCACCUGGGCAAGCUUGGGCUUGCUCACAGCACGGUGGCUGGGUUGAAGGGUGAUCAUCCCAAAAGGAAGACAGGUGGAGUGGGGAGACCUAGACCAUGGAGAGAAGUCGUGUCCUUUCAAUAACCCAGCUUUAGAUGUCACACAGUGUCACCUCUGCCAUAUUCUAUGGCCAGUUGACAGGGGCCAUUACCUUCCUACCCUCCCCACUCCCCACCUCGUCAGCCCAGCACAGAGAGCAGAGUCUACUUUGGCCCAAGACCUGUCUUUUGGGAGAGGAUUUUCUUUAUGGCUUCCUACAAUUCAUUGGAAAAUUCAUUAUGUGGGUGGGUCAGCGAGGCUGAAGGGCCACGAGCCUUGCAGAGUGUUUUCCUCUCUUUCUGACCCUCCCCUCUAUCCUGGGAAUCAUUUCUUAACCGAGCUGGAAUCUGGCCCUGGCCAUGCGAGCCCGAAAGGGACUUGGCAGCUUUGCUGUCUACACAGAGAGCUGCCAGCUCGGCUGUUGUUUCUGUAUGCUCAGUCAGAAGCCCCUGUUUGGGACAACCUGGCUCUCUCCUGGUGGCCGUGGGAGCUAUCUGUUUGGCUCCAGUGCUCCAGCCCUGAUGCCCAGUUCCCAAACUCUCCUCCUUUUCCCAGCAAGUGUGACUUGAGGGGCGGGAGGGUCAGAGAGAUUCUGACCCAGCUGUCUGGCUGGGGAACCUGGCCAGAAGGCAGCGCCUUCCCCCUUGGCCCAGCAGCUAAGGGCAUCAGACCCUAUAGCUUAAGCGUCACUCCUUAGGGUGUCCCAACACACGUGGACUCGGUGUAGUCCACAGGGUUCCCAUUUGUGCAGCCUCAGGAGUGAGCACUGAGACAGUCCCCCAGUCUAGGCAUCACCCGCACCCUUUAGCCAGGCGGGGGGGCACUAUGUCCCCCUCACUUUUGGUCCAUUCAGAGGUGACUAAUGAGGUCAGAGGCUGUAAUCAUUCGUAGUAGUGACUUUAAAUGAUAGUUACCACUUAUGAAAUGAGUUGAAACAUGUAAAUCACCCAUCACAACCCAAGGAACACAGUAAGUGCUCAAUAAAUAUUGGCAAUGAUUAUUACUUUGGGCCAGGCACUGUGCUAAGCUCUUCCUCCUCAAGACCGACCACAUUGUAGGGUCAGCAGCUCAGACUCUAGAGCUAGACUACGUGGGCUUGAUGCCCAGCUCACCACUUACUUGUACAAAUUAUUUCUCUGGGCCUCAGUCUCCUCAUAUGCAAAAUGGGCACGAUCACAGUGCCUUCUUUGUGGGUUACGUGGAGAUUCAAUGAGUGAAUAUGCUGAAAACAAGAGCCUGGCACACGGUGCAAUACCUGUCGGCUGUCAUUAUUACAUACAUUUGUGUGUUUCAUUCUUGCCUCUGCCUGGAAUGUUUCCCCAGCUCUUCACGUGGCCUGUGGGUCUCAGUUUAAAGGACAGCUCCUCAGGAGGGUCUACCAGACCACCGUACCAAACAGAGACACCCCCUCCAACUCCAUCACUAGUUCAUCUUUUCACACUUACACAUUGUGUUGUCUGCUCUUGUCUGAGGAUGUAAGCUCUCAGAGGGCAGGUAACUUAUCUGUUUGUUCAUUGCUGUACCCUCUGCACACAGGGAGGUGCUGCAUGUAUUAAGUGCUCAAUGUUUGUGAAAUGAACAAAU